AUGGGCGACGAGGGCGGCCGGGCGGCGCGCUCCAGCGUGCUGAGGCUGCGCGGCCUGCCGUUCGCGGCCACGGAGGGCGAUGUGGAGGAGUUCUUCAAGGGUUUCGAGCUGAAGCAGGUCCAGAUCUGCAAAAGAAACGGCCGGUCGACUGGGGAGGCGUACGUCCAGCUGGAGAGCGAGGUCUCGGCCGGCGGCGCGAUGCAGGAACUGAACUGCAAACACAUGGGGCGCCGGUACAUCGAGAUCUUCGAGGCCUCGGAGUCGGACCUGUCCCCGGGGGGGGAGGGCCGCGGGAGCCUGGGCUACGUCCUGCGGCUACGGGGACUGCCGUAUUCGUCGACGCGGGACGACGUGGACAAGUUCUUCGAGGGCGUGGAGAUCCAGAAGGGCGAGGAGGGCGUGGUGUUCUCGUGCACGGCGUCCGGGCGGCCCACGGGGGAGGCGUACGUCGAGUUCGCGAGCGAGGAGGCACAGCUGGAGGCGAUGAAGCGGCACAAGGAGCACAUGGGCAGCCGCUACGUGGAGCUGUUCAAGAGCACCAAGGCGGACCUGCUGCAGGCGCUGGAGCAGAACAGGUUCUACCAGCGGGAGGCGGAGAAGCGGCGCUGGCUGGCGGCCAACAUGCCGUCGCUGGGCCACGGGCCGAUCGGGGAGGCGGCCGGGCUGCCGCGGGGAUCGCCGUACGCCGGGGGAGUGGACGACGUGGCGCGGAUGUUCGAAGGUUUCAGCCUGGGUCCUCAGCCAGGUGUUCAGGUAACACCACAGUCUGGGAGGAGUGGGGAGCCCUCGGUCUCUGGCAUGCCUUAUGGGCAUUUCCAGGCACACCAUGAGGCUCGGGGGCCCCAGGAGUCACAGCAAUAUGUGGCUCCACACACUAUGCAGCCAGGCCAGCCAAAUGUGCAGGCAAUGCCUCCUGACGUCCUCCUCAUGCAGCAGCAGUAUAUCAUGCAGCAGCAGAUGAUGCAGCAACAGCAACAGCAGCAUCAGAUUUCGUUGCGGUACCCUGGUCAGGUCGGUUGGGGCAAUGUGGGCAUCGAUGUCCCUCCACACAGUGCGAUGCCAACUGCAGGCAACGCCCAAGCCCCCUAUGCUGCCUAUCCUGGGCUAUCCACACCUGGCAUACCCAUGGGGUCAAGGGGGGGUUUCCCUUCUGGACCCUUUGGUUAUCAUCAGUACGCCACAGGCCCCAUGGCCUCAUCCUCUGCAUCGUUGCCUUCUCCUGCACAUGCUUCCAUGGAAGGAGAGGGGCCCCAGGAGAGCAACGUGGAGAUUUCUGCUGGUGGGGCUUCUGCUGGGGAGGGCAACGGGGGUGACAGCGGCCUUGGGGAUCUCCAGGGCUGA